ACAUGAUCUGAAGUAGUUCUUAAAGCUGAGGCUGUCUCAGUGAAUGUUCUUCUGCACAACACGUCUUCUUGAGCUGCAGCUCAUUAAAUGAAGACAUUUAUUAGCCGCAUGUUAAGGAGAGCACCAUGAUCAUGAGUUUCUACCCUGGCAUAAGAACACGGCAUGUUCAUGGCUGGAUUUCCAUCAUCUGGUUUACUUCAGCUGUCAGCAUUGCUGUCACUGAAGAGGUGAAGCUACAGACCAUUUCCCAGGUGGUGUCGCAGUGUGGAACAAAUGUGUCACUGCCAUGUGAUGUCGCCUCAUCACAGCAGUUGGAUAUUAUUAAAUUUUCCUGGGUUGGCAGAAAUAUAACUUGUCUACAUGACAGUCCACAAUCUGAACCUGGGGUUCUGUGUGAAAAAAAGAGCAAGUCUCCCCACGACACACUCACUCUGACUCUCCUCAACGUGAUGCCAGUAAACCAGGGAAGCUACGUCUGCAAACUACACUCCAAACAAACAGUCAAGUAUGCCGCAACUGUUGUCACAGUACAAAAUUGCUCUGGAAGUUUCAGUGCCUCCAUCAAUGCGUCUCGCGCUGAGUGCUGGUUCAGUGGACUUUACCCCUCUGGCCACAUCCACUGGUUCCAGGAAGACGUUAACUUAACAGACUUUGCAAGCACAGGGGAAGAGGAGGACCAAUAUGGACGAUACAAUGUCUCCAGCACAAUAAAUAUAGAGAAAAGAAACCUGAGCCAGCCUUUUAAAUGCUCACUGUGGAUACCUUCUCUCAGGAGUUAUGUUCACACUCUUGUGCCACCCAUAGCUAAGCCGCUGGAAACAUCAGGAAGCGUGGUCAAACAGCAGUGGAUCUUUGUAAUGGUGGGGAUCAUGAUGGUGAAACUUAUGACAUAAAGGAACUGUCAGUACCUGAUCUGGGUGCAGCCCGAUUUGGCCUGAUCAGGUCCUGGCUGAUGGACUGUUUUAACCCUAAACAAUCCCCAGCUAUUGACAUUAAAGGCCCUCAUUUUGGCACAUGAGUAAAACAGAUUGGGUUUCAGGUACAGAACAGGAACCAAACACGUUCUGGUUUUCACAUCAGCAUGUGUUUGCAGAAGAUAGGUUGACGCAUGACAAAAAAAGUAAAAAUAGAAAUAAAAAUGAGCCAAACAUGAAAAAGUUUAGAAUUAGGUGUACUAGACUUUAUCAUUUAUCCAGCCUAAUACAUACUGUUUGUUUCCACUGAGUGGGCAAGUUUUGUUUUCAAUGUGAUCUUUAAUUUCUUGCAUUUGAGACCCUAUCUAGCCAGCUGUGCUCUCUGGGAGCUGGCAGGUUUUUGUGCUUCCAAAAUCUCAAAUAUUUCAGUGAUUUCUAAAUAUUUAACUGGUAAGGAAAAAGUCAGCUAUUAUAUUGUUCGGUUUGAGUAAAAAUUUCAAAGUGAAUUUUGGCACUCAUAACACAGAUCUUUUAAAACAAACUUGCACUUAAUGGCAGCACAGCAUUUUUCAUAAAAUGUGUCCACAGAAGCUCAUGGAUUCACUGAAAUCAUUUAUAGCUAAUGACUAUGAACUCUGAGAGCAUAGAGGACUGAUUAAACAGUGUACAGUUUUUCUAGAAAGCAGGCAGUAGAAAAUAGCUCCUUUGCUAAUGCAAAAUAUAGAAAGAUUUAUAUUUCAUAGCCAGUCUUCUGGUCUUGUUUUAUACUCACUUUAAACAGGGAAUUACUUUUUUACCUUUACUUCAUCUCAAUGGCCAGAGGGAGGCAGUCCUCUCACGCAAGAAUACCUUUUGCAUGUUGUAAAUGCUGUAAAAAGCUCUUUUGAGUAUUCUGGAUGUAAAUAUAUGAUCAAGAGAGGAAAUUUGCCAAGCAGUAGUUAGGCAACAGAAACAAACAUGUUUAAUGCAGACGUGAUUUAUGUGAAUGUCUUAGAAAUUACCUGAAAUUACCUAAUACAAUACAGGAAGCAAAAUAAAUAGAACAGGGACCUACAAGGCAAAAUAUGCUCUAAAGUCCUGCCAGUUGUGUUUCAGUUGACUGUUUCUUUUUAUUUUGUCUGGAAAAAGAUUGAUUUUCUUAAGACAGUUUGUCAACCACAGGUCAUAGUUUUACUGAACUCUAAACUACUGAUGAUGUCAAUACUUUUCACUCAAAUUAUUGCAUAUUUUACUUUUUAGAACGUAAUUAUGCUACAUAAUAUUGUGAAAUGAAGUGUAUUUUGUGUGAGAAAGCUUUGCAGCAGCAUGUCAAAGAAAGUCUCAGCAGGACAAGAGUGAACAUUUCUUCUAUUACGCCACAUUCGAAUCUUACAUGUCCUUUUGGUAGGAUUUGUACAUGGUGUCCUUCACUGCUUCUCUUGAGAACAGGUAAACACCUGCUGUCCUGACUGCACGUGUUUGCUCAUGUAUAGUAUGACAGCGUGUCUGUGGAAAGUUUGUUUGGUUAUUCAAGUUCAGAUGUCUACACAUUCCUCACUUCACUUCACUGCAAAGUUGCUACAGUCUGUAGGCAUGCAAGCAUUCAAGGAAACUACAGCAAGUGUCACUCAGUGAGUCACCAGGCCUCUAAAACAUUUCCGAGCCCCAGGGAAUUAAAAUUUGGUUCUGUGUUUUUGUUUGGUGUUCUCUGUUGGUUUGGGUUUUAAUAAAGGUCAAGUGAAGGUGACCACAGGAGUUAAAGCUUGUUGAAUGUGCUUUUGUACCCUGUUUUCAAACUGCAACCAGGUUUUGUUCCUGUGGAUGGCAAGACAUAAACACUAAUGGAUGGAC